CAGUAAGCCGCACUUUGAAGUGGAACAUAUUCUAGUUCGAUUAAUCAAAUGUACACCACCAUGGACGACGAAGAGGAUCCGGUGGAACUCGAGAUUAAUGUCCACCUUAGCAAAAGACUUUCAAGUAACCUUUACCUACUGCAGUACCCAGUGCGACCUAGCUUCAUGACAUAUGAUAAUGUUGAAUUACUGUCUGGAAAAGUUAAACCAAAUCAAAAGAAGCUGGAAUUAGAAGUUGCUUUAAAUACAAAAAGUAAGCAUUAUUGUAACAGUAAAGGUGAACAGUUUGCUCUCAAUGUAGAUGGUAGGAACCCAGAUGCUUCUUCUUUCUACAGCAGUGAUAAGAUGGACAAACAAGUAUUAUCAUCAUAUCCAUCAGGAACUAACAGUGGAAGAUAUGCUUUAGGCUAUUUGAAGGAUGGUGAUUUGUUCCUUAGUCCAGUGCAUGCCCAAGUCCAGAUGAAACCUAGCUUCCAUUAUUUAGACAAGUCAGACACCCGUGCAGAGAGCAAAUUGGCAGCUCAAGAAGCAGGAGACUCUUCACAAGAUGAAGGUGAGGAGGAAGCUAAGGCAGUCACUGUAAAGUUUGCUAGACCAGAGUCAGAUAUAGCGAAAGCUAGACGUCUUGCUUCCUUCGGACACAUGCAGAAACUACAGGAAGAAGAAGCCUGGGUCCCUCUAAGAUUCUCUAAUACAUAUACUGAAGCGUCAGAGCGAGAUCUUAGAUCGUUGUCAUUAAAAAGUGAGGAAACUAGCAAUGAGUUCCACGUAGAAUCAUCAGAGUAUCUCAAAAUGUUGAUGGCACAUGCUGAUGAAGUACAACAUGAGAAACCAGCUAUGCCAAGUAAUGUUCUGUCUCUGACACAACUGAAGUCAAUGCCAUUAAGUGACCAAGUAAAAGCAUUGUUGACCAAUGCUAAGGUGAUCAGAUUCAAUCAGCUUUUACACCUGUUACCACAAGGUACAGAUCCUCAGGCUACACUACGUGCAAUACAGAUUGUUGCUGUCCUUGUCCAAGGAUGCUGGGUUGUUAAAAGUGAAAUCCUUUAUCCCAAAGAUGGUUGUAGUCCAAAUAGUGGUAUAUCCUCCGAGUUACUGUGUCGAGGCAGAGAUUUUGUGAUGUGGCGAUUCACAAUGUCACGAUGUGUAACAAGGAAAGAAAUAGCCUCGGUUGUGAAACUUCCAAGUGAAGAUGUGAAAGAUAUUUUAGAACAAAUGUCACAUAUUAAAGUUAACCAUGGCUGGGAGUUUGUCUUUGAACAUGAUUAUGACUUCACUGAUAGAUAUCAAGAAAUAGUUGAGAGGCAGAACAUGUUGUGGGAUGCCAAGUUUCAAACACUAAGUAAACAGCUGAAUAUUUCAGAGGCACAGGAGAAAAAAAUCAGAGAAAUUGCUGCUGCUGAAGCACAAGCGGAGAGACCUCGAAGACGUAGAACUUCACGAACAAGGAAACGAACAUUGAGUGGACGUUCUAUAUCGGACCAUAGUGAUAUGGAAACUGAACCUUUUGAUAUAGACCACUUAUCAAAAAAUGAUAAAUCCUCAUCAUCAAGUCAUAAUCAUAACAGUGUCUUAAAUGGUGCUACAAUGGAAAUUUCACAUGACAUCAAUAAUAGUGAUAAUACAUCACAGGAGUUUAGAACAGAGCUGCACAAGUUCAUAAAGGAGAAGUUGUGCAGCAGAUAUGUGUUGUCAAUUAGUGAGUUGAAACGUUUAUUAAACAUGAAAUUAUCUCAGGCACCCCCGGGGUAUAUCCUCAAUAAGGGUGUGACAGAUAAACUGUGCGAGCAAACUGUGAUAGAGAUUGGUGGAAUAGUUCUUAAUACCAAGUGGCAAGAAGAAGCAAUGUUUAUGUUUGUUGAUACAGGAGACGAGCUGGAGCCUGUACGCAAGGCAAUUUAUGAAUCAGCGAAGACUUCAAAUAGACUCAUGAAAAAAACUGUAAUGAAAAAUGCUGAAGCUAUUAGUGGAAAAGCAUUUCCAGAGAAUACCGUGAAAAAUGUCUUAAGGGACUAUUGUGUGAACAAGAAUGCCCAGUGGUUCCUCAAAUGCAGUAUAGAUGCUUCUUGACAUAUACUCUUUUCUUACCUGUAUACAUGUUACCUGAAUAAAUGUGUUAUCAAACAUAA